GGCCAGCUCUUUGUCAGCCCUGAUAUCCGCGCACAGAUUCCCACAACUAUUUCUCAGUGAACUCACGAAUACUUCCUGCGACUGUUCGAAGCCAUAGGACAAAGGAAGAGAAUCGAUCAGAAGGAAGUCAUCAGGGGUAUCCGUUGGGCACGCUGCGCAAUUUGGUCCUCCCAUUGUUCGACUAGCUACAAAUCGCGACGCGCGUGCGCCACCCCUCUUCCUCGACUACCAGCUGCCUCAAGACACCGGCCAGCAAGAGCACGCACUCUGCAUCGCGUAUCCCGACAUGUCCGUCUCUCAACCCUCCGCGUCAAGGCGCGCUCCCCUCCGCGAGAUGCCCCUCGACCUGUUCGUCGCGCCACAGCCAAGGCCGAUCAAGACCAACAUCUUUGGUGCUAGCCCAUCGUCGCGCCCGAACAAGCGUCCGCACUCGCCCGGAGACGUCAGCAUGUACAGCCCCGCCAAGCGCCGCAUCAUGGAGGUGGAGGGCAUCAUCUCGCCACAGAAGAUGAAGUCGCCGUCUUCGUCUGCGGCGGCGAAGUCGCCCUUCUCGUCUGCGAAGUCGCCCUUCUCGUCCGCGAAAUCGCCCAUUUCGUCCGCGUAUCGCAACCUGUACACAGCCGCCACCGCCAAGUUCGCGGACGCGCUGAUAGGGCCCGACAGUCCUGCGAAGAAGCUCGACUUCUCGGCGGCGUGCGAGGAGGAUGAGGAAGGACGAAGCAUCUCUGCACUAUCGGCCAGCCGCUCGGGCAUGCGCACGCCAAAGGCAUCCUGCGCGCGACUUGCGCCGUCUCCGAAGAUGAAGCUGCUGGGGUCGAAGUCGGCCCGCGCCUCGUCUCCAGACGAUUGCGAGAUGACGGACUACUUCGCGUCGCCGGGACCGUCUCCCGACCUCUUUACAUCGCGUGGUCCUUCUCUCGAUCGCGAUCCUGCUUCACUCCAUCCCAACCCCGCGUCUUUCCAUCCUCAGCACGCGUCCCUCCAUCCUGCUCCCCUCCACCAACACCCUGUCCCCAUCCGUCACAUUCCCCGCGUCCCGCCUCCGCCCAUCCAUGCCACCUCGAUCCACUACCCUGGCUUCCAGAUCCAUCUGGACGAUUUCGAUGUUGUCGUCGAUGAGCAGGAGGGUAGCCAGGCGUCGGUGGAUACUGGUGAGGCGGCCUCAGCGCAUGCCCGUGGUGAGCCAACGGAGAUAGCGAACACCCGCACCCAGUCGGCGGAGAAGGAAAACGUGCCCGCCCCGCGCAGGGCGAGCGCCAAGGAUUCGGCGACGGCGAGUCUCAAACGAUCAUCGACGGACCCCAUCCCAGAGCUCACCGCCCUCCUGUUCUCCCCCGAGGGCAAAAAGAGCGUGCUGAAUGUGCCGGAUCGCGCGUCGUCGAUGCCUAGCAUGCUCAGGUCGUCCUCGCCUAGCACGCUAGGCUCGCCCGCGCGGGCGAAGGGUCCGACUCUGCCUGCGAUGACGAAGAGUCCGUCUCUGCCUGCGCGGGAGAAAGGCAAGCGCCGCGAGGGAUCGCUCACGCCCAAGGCGUGCUCGGGACUCGCCCGAGAAGUCCGCGCUUCACCUGCGCGCGACGUUCGUCCUUCGCCCGCGCAAAGGAAGGAGCGGCGUCGGAUGUUGGAGGACGAGGUGGACGCCAUGGAGGAAGACGAUGACUGUGAGGGCGUGUUCCUGUGAGACCGCGCAAUCAAGCCAUCCGCAUCCCUCGCGAGCAGGGACCUACGCUCCCCCGCGGUCAGAGAGCCUACGCUCCUCACCAUGAAGUCACGCUCUCUCCGCUCGCAUAUCUAUGUCUCGCUAUCUGCUCUGUCAUGUCCAUCUCCUCCAUUA